AUGGACAACCAACCUGAUAAACCAAAACCUUACGGUCCAAAUUACGGACCACCAGCAACAAAAGCUCCACAGAAACCGGAUUUUAACAGACCUGAUAAACCAAAACCUUACGAUCCAAAAUAUGGACAACCAGCAACAAAAGCUCCAUUGAAACCGGACUUUAACAGGCCUGAUAAACCAAAAUCUUACGGUCCAAAUUACGGAUCAGUAGCAACAAAAGCUCCAACGAAACCGGACUUUAACCGACCUGAUAAACCAAAACCUUACGGUCCAAAUUACGGACCCUUAGCAACAAAAGCUCCAUAUAAACCGGACUUUAACCGACCUGAUAAACAAAAGCCUUACGAUCCGAGAUUUGGACCACAAGCAACAAAAGCUCCGUCAAAACCGGACUUUAACAGACCUGAUAAACCAAAACCUUAUGGUCCAAAUUACGGACCACCAGCAACAAAAGCUCCAUAUAAACCGGACUUUAACCGACCUGAUCAACCAAAACCUUACGAUCCAAAAUAUGGACAACCAGCAACAAAAGCUCCAUCGAAACCGGACAUUAACAGACCUGAUAAACCGAACCCUUACGGUCCAAGUUACGGACCACUAGCAACAAAAGCUCCACAAAAACCGGAUUUUAACAGACCUGAUCAACCAAAACCUUACGAUCCAAAAUAUGGACAACCAGCAACAAAAGCUCCAUCGAAACCGGACAUUAACAGACCUGCUAAACCAAAAUCUUACGGUCCAAAUUACAGACCAGCAGCAACAAAAGCUCCAACGAAACCGGACUUUAACAGACCUGAUAAACCAAAACCUUACGGUCCAAAUUACGGACCACCAGCAACAAACGCUCCAUAUAAACCGGACUUUAACCGACCUGAUAAACCAAAACCUUACGAUCCAAAAUAUGGACAACCAGCAACAAAAGCUAUAUCGAAACCGGACUUUAACAGGCCUGAUAAACAAAAAUCUUACGGUCCAAAUUACGGAUCACCAGCAACAAAAGCUCAAACGAAACCAGAUUUUAACAGACCUGAUAAACCAAAACCUUACGGUCCAAAUUACGGACCACCAGCAACAAACGCUCCAUAUAAACCGGACUUUAAACCGACCUGA